CCCUCACUGUGGUCACCACCGCCCAACUACUGCCCGACUCGACUCGAUUCUUUUUGUACGUCAGAAGUGACUGGAAUCGUACACUUAGCGCACAACUUGGUUAAAAAUUGAACAACGGCAUACAAGCCUGAGCCUCGGAUCCUGCAACAAGUGACUUGCAACGUACAUCACACACUUGUGAUAACGAAGGCAAUGCUUUAUUCCGACUUUAGGCGACUAGUAUAUCUUGCGUCUGCGACCUCGCAAUGUUGUUCUUUCAGAUUUGGAAUAUUCAUUAUUCCCGGUAGACAAGGUCAGAUAUAGCAUCGUAUCAGCGCCCAUCCUGAUGCCUUCCUGAUUUGACGUAUGUAUUGUUGUCUCCCAAGUGCCCAUCAUGUGCAACAAGCGUACAUAACUAGGCUGAUAUAUAGGCUCCGCGAUUGCUAUGGUCUCCAUCACUUUGCCGUUUCCGCCCACUGCAUUCUCCCGAUGCCACUCGAUCUCGCAGACAUCACUGUGAAUGUCCUGACAGGCAGAGUUAUCAAGACGAAGCAAAUCGCCAACGGACAUUGCGCAGAGGUAUGGAAGGGUACCUACACAAUCGGAGGUCAACAAGUCAUUGUAGCCGUGAAGGUUAUGAGAUCAACAUUGUUUCUUGACAAUCAAACUGCAGAGCAAACAUUACGGCGGCUCCUGCGAGAAACAGGAGUAUGGAGUACAUGUAUUCAUCCUCACUUGGCCCCGUUUAUAGGCAUAUAUUAUGAGAUCGUGCGAGGGUACCGCGUCCCAUGUUUGAUAUCUCCAUUCUAUGAGAACAAAACCAUCAUGCAAUACCUGGAAAAAAAUACAAACGUUGUGCGGAUGGACUUGCUUCGCCAAUUUAUUUCUGGAUUGGCUUAUUUGCAUGGCCGAGCCAUUGUUCAUGGGGACCUCAAACCUACAAAUAUUCUCAUCGACGACACAGGCAAUGCCGUAUUAGCGGACUUUGGACACUCGCGAGUCCUUGAGGCUUCUGGAUUCACGACGAGCACAUUGACCAUAGCUGGCACGUUCCGCUACAUGGCGCCCGAGUUGAUGGUACCUGCGACCCCAGAUAUAACACCAACACCAACACUAGCAUCAGACGUCUGGGCAGCAGGGAUGACGGGCCUGGAGAUUCUCUCCAGUAAGAUUCCAUAUGUGGAACUAAAAACGGACAGCCAUCUAGUCGCAGCUAUGGUGGCUAACAAAUUACCCAACAAGGCACACUACCCUCUAGUUCGCCACGGUGCAUGGUCAGCAUUUGAGCAUUGUUGGAAAAAGGACCCAAGUGAACGACCGGAUGUGCAGCGAUUGAAUGAUUACUUAGAUCAGCAAUAUGGACAUGAGUCAAAGAGGUCUACUAGAAUUCGCGGUUGAAUCUAUAAAUCUAUAAAGUAAUUCUAUAAAGUAAGGGAGAACGGUAUGGGGGAAACCGUGAGAGACGCG